UCCUGGUUUGUCUGAAAUCGUCAUCAUGUACCCGCGUUAGUUGAACAACCCACUUUGUUUGGCGGGAUUGAGCAGCAAAGAAGCACCUCCGUCGUCUAAUCGGAACUAUGCAGUUUUCCAGCAGAAGAAAGAAGCUCAACACCAACUCUCAGGUGGAGCUGUAUGCACAUCCCCUGCAGUUCUACGGGCAGCCUCCUCUUGAAAACAUCUCUCUUACUGAGUUUGAGGCAUUUGCUGUUGAUCGCCUGAAAUUGCUGAAGACCAUUGAGAAUGUGGGAGUGAGCUAUGUGAAACAGUCAGAGAACUACAUGAAGAAACUGGAGUACGAGUUAAAAGCGCUGAACUUUCUUUACAGAGCCGAUGCUUCUCAGAGUGGACACAGUGAAUAUGAGAAACGAAGAAAGGACCACAUCUCUCACUUCAUUCUCAGACUUGCCUACUGCCAAACGGAGGAUCUGAGACGCUGGUUUAUACAACAGGAAGUCGAUCUUUUCCGCUACCGCUUCAGUGACCUGCAUCCAAAACAAAAGCUGGAAUUUCUUCACAGAAAUAAUCUGCAGUACGACACGAUUAGUGUCGAGGAGAAGAAGGCUCUGCAGGACAAACUUGUCAGCUCCAGUUACGGCCUCAGUGGAAUCACUGUGGAGGAUCAGGACUUCUACAAAGUUCCAUUUCAAGACGCCCUGGAUCUAGUGCGAACAAGGAAAGUGUACCUCAAAGCAGGCUACGUGUACAUCCCUCACCAGGACAUCGUCACCAUUGUUCUCAACGACUUCCGUACCAGGCUGUCUAAAGCUCUCGCAUUGACAGCCCGCUCGCUACCAGCGGUGCACUCUGAUGAACGGCUCCAACCGCUCCUUAACCACCUCAGUCAUGCCUAUGUUGGACAGGAUUACAGCAUCCAGAAGAAUGUUGGGAAAAUCUCCUUGGAACAAAUUGAUUCACUUUCAGGAAAGUCCUUCCCACUCUGCAUGAGGCAGCUGCACCAGAGCCUCCGGGAGAACCACCAUCUCCGCCACGGUGGUCGCAUGCAGUACGGCCUCUUCCUCAAAGGCAUCGGCCUCUCUCUGGAGCAAGCUCUGCAGUUCUGGAGGUCCGAGUUCAUACGAGGAAAAGUGGAUGCAGACAAGUUUGACAAAGCAUAUGCCUACAGCGUCCGCCACAUGUUUGGCAAAGAAGGCAAGCGAACAGACUACACCCCCUACAGUUGCAUGAAGGUGAUUUUAUCAAACCCACCCAGCCAAGGCGACCAUCAUGGAUGUCCUUUCCGUCACAGUGACCCAGAGCUGUUGAAGCAGAAGCUUCAGUUCUACAAGGUGUCUCCCAGCGGGAUCAGUCAGAUCCUGGAGCUGGUUAAAGGGAUGCACUAUCAGCUGGCGUGCCAGAAAUACUUUGAGCUGACACACAAUAUUGAGGACUCCAACUUCUCGCUCAAUCACCCCAACCAGUACUUCAUAGAGAGCCAGAGAGUUUUGGGCGGAGGCAAGGACAUAAAGCGAGAGGCGGAUGCUCCACAGAAGACGCAGGAAAACUCCAGCAAAGGACCCAACGCAGCUCGAGACGCAGCAGCAAACAGCUCGCAGGCUGUGGCCGAGAUGACGGAGGAUCUGGACUCUUUCUUUCAAGAUGCUUAAUCUUUUUUUUAUGCGUUUUUUUUCUAUAAGGACUGGAGGGUGGGGGUGUUUCAUAUUCAAACUUGAGUGGAAUCUUUAAAAGUUGCUGUAAAUUACAUGUUAAGAAUUAAAUUUGCAUAUCAAUCAUUUCUCCA